AUGGACAGAAAAAUAUAUCAGGAAAACUACGGAAAAAAAUUGCCAGAAGGCUAUGGAAUUUACAGGCCCAGAAGCAGCUCAUCAUUACUUUACAAUUUUCAAAACACCUGCAGGAAACAAUGCUUAGAAAUUGCAGUGACCACUUGGGCAGCAUUAACAGUGCCCAACAAUUGGCUAAUUGAAAGGAGAAAAACGUCGCAAACUACAAGUCAAGUAAAUCUGAAAACGGUAUGUAAAGGAAAUGUUGAAGAAAUAAAAAAUGUCACUGAUCUGAUUGGUAGCACAUAUUUGCAUAAUUAG